AUAAUUCCCACAAAUAAUAAGAUGAUUAUAAAAACGUGGCCAACAACCCUUUAUUUUCACCAGUUCACCUACCUAAUCGCCCUCUCAUAAAAAAAAAAAAACUCCAAUUUUCUUUUUUUAUUUAACGGUCACAUUUUCCUCAUUCCCUAAUUAAAAACAUUCAGACACAACAAAUUUAGUUUCUUCUUCUUGUUUCUGUCUUAAUCCGAUUUUUGAUUUUUAUUUCCCCCACCACCGCGAAAUAUGAUUGCCGCCGGAGCUAAAUCGCUAUUUGGGCUUGCGAUUGCUUCUCCAAAAGGGCUUUCCGAUAGCAAUUCAUUGAGUAAUUCAAGAUCUGCUGUUGUUGUUCGUGCUUGUGUUUCUAUGGAUGGAUCACAAACUCUGAGUCAUAACAAAAAUGGAUUUAUUCCUGAGCUUAAAUCUAUUAACGGUCACACGGGACAAAAGCAAGGUCCUUUGUCUACGGUCGGAAACUCGACGAACAUAAAGUGGCAUGAGUGUUCUGUUGAGAAAGUUGAUCGACAGAGAUUGCUUGAUCAGAAAGGAUGUGUGAUUUGGGUCACCGGUCUUAGUGGUUCAGGGAAGAGUACUUUGGCUUGUGCUUUGAAUCAGAUGUUGUAUCAAAAGGGGAAGCUUUGUUAUAUUCUUGAUGGUGAUAAUGUUAGGCAUGGCUUAAACCGUGAUCUUAGCUUUAAAGCUGAGGAUCGUGCAGAGAAUAUUCGUAGAGUCGGAGAGGUUGCUAAGCUUUUUGCGGAUGCUGGAAUCAUCUGCAUUGCUAGUUUGAUAUCUCCUUAUAGAACAGACAGGGACGCUUGUCGAAAUUUGCUCCCCGAGGGAGAUUUUGUCGAGGUGUUCAUGGAUGUACCGCUUGAAGUUUGCGAGGCGAGGGAUCCCAAGGGUCUUUACAAGCUUGCUCGUGCAGGAAAGAUCAAAGGUUUUACCGGGAUCGAUGACCCUUAUGAGCCACCAUUGAACUGCGAGAUUUCUCUAGGCCGCGAAGGAUCAGGAACUUCUCCAAUCGAAAUGGCUGAAAAGGUCGUCGGAUACUUAGAUAACAAGGGUUAUCUUCAGGCAUAACAUACUUUAGAUACACAAAUUUGUUAUCCCACGGUCAUAGUUCUAUUUAACAAGCCAAAGUAUAAAAUUAAGCAAAUCCAUGGCUGUUUUAUGGAAUCACAAGCGAAAAAUAAAUAUAAUCUCUCAUAAUUUUUCUUGUUCUCUUUUUUUUGUACUUUAAAUCUUGAUGUUAUGGUUCUGUAUAUAAUAUGAUGAAAUCAAGGUUAAGCCUACUAAACAUU